AUGGACCUGGCGCAGGUGAAGGCUAUACUUGACGCCCGCCAUCCGGCGGUUGUGCGGGUUUUUCAGGACAAUGUGCCAGAAGUGGGGCUGCGGCAACUGGACGACUGCGUCCUCGAGUACCUGUUGAAGAUGCUCGAGGGGCAGAUGAACCCCGCAUCGUACCUGCCGGAGGAGACCAUUCGUCACACACUCAAGCUCUACCUCGCCGAAUUCGCCGUCUGCCCCACUGAAGCAGCCGUGAAUAGGGCCGUGGAGGCGAUCUGCGGUGAGAUGGAGGCAAAGGGGCUGGCGCAGAAGCCAAAGGAGGACGUCAGUCGUCUGGUGAACGCGGUCAGUAUUGGGCGGCAGUACGAGGAGAGCCUGAAGAAAGCGACGAUGAUAAAUAACGUUGGCAAGGUUGCAGUGGUAAAUACGAAUGCGGAUUGGACGUGGGAGACGAAGCGCAGCGCGGCGAAGGAGACCCGCCGAAAAAGAAAGGAGGAGGAGAAGAAAUCCAUCAUGGCUGAGGAGUACGAGGAAUUCUUGCGCAAGCGAGGCAUUGCCAAUACCACAGCCAUCGUGAAACUGCACCACAAGAACGAGGGAGGAUCCCACUCCUGUGACAUUCGCUGCGAAAAUAUUCACAUUCACAUGGGCAAGCACGUUUUACUCGACAACACAGAUCUCACAAUUUUGACUGGUCACAAGUAUGGUCUUAUUGGGCGAAACGGUACGGGUAAGACGACCCUCCUGCGCGCGCUCACCGAACGGGAGUUGGAGGGCGUGAGUCCCUUUGUGCAGAUUUUGCAUGUGGAGCAGGAGGUGGUGGCAGGCAACGAAACCCCAUUGCAGGUCAUUCUUGCCGCGGACGUUGAGCGCGAGCAGCUGCUACGCGAAGAGCAGGAACUGCUAAAGCAAAACGACGAUGAGGCGAGCACGCGGCUAAAGGACGUCUAUGAACGCCUGGAUGCGAUUGAGGCUCACAGUGCUGAGGCCCGUGCGGCGUCCAUUUUGAAUGGUUUGAGCUUCUCGCGAGAGAUGAUGACGUCCCCCACGAAGAAUCUUUCAGGUGGUUGGCGUAUGCGUGUGGCGUUGGCACGCGCAUUAUUUGUGGAGCCGGACAUCCUCCUCUUGGAUGAGCCGACGAACCACUUGGACCUCUUCGCCGUUUUGUGGCUGGAGCAGUUUCUCAAAGACUGGCGCGGCACGCUGGUUGUGGUGUCGCACUCCCGCUCCUUCUUGAAUAACGUCUGCCAGGAGAUUAUCCAUCUCGACGAAAGGCAGCUGCGCUACUACACAGGCAACUACGAGCAGUUUGAGUUGACGCGGGUGGAGCAGCUGCGACAACAGCAAAAGAACCACGAGGCGCAGGAGCGGCAACGGGCACACAUGCAAAAGUUUAUAGACCGCUUCCGCUACAACGCGAAUCGUGCCAAGAUGGCUCAAUCCCGCAUUAAGAUGCUUGAACGCAUGGAGGUUGUGGCGGCAGUGAAGUUCGAUCCACAGUUUUCCUUCAAAUUCCCCGAGCCUGAGAUGGUGUCUGGUGCCUACUUGCAGAUGGUGGACUGUGAAUUUGGGUAUAAGCCAGGCCAGACGAUUUUCCGUGACGUCAACUUUGGCCUCGAUGAAAACUCCCGCGUGGGUCUUUUGGGGGCCAACGGGGCGGGGAAGUCAACGUUCAUGAACGUGUGCUACGGCAAGCUGGAGCCGCGCCAGGGACACGUUGUGCGCAACAAAAAAAUUCGUGUGGCGCACUUUGCGCAGCACCACCUGGAGGCCCUCUCACCGCAGCUGUCGUCUAUUGAGUUUAUGCGCUCCAAGUUUCCACACGUGGAGGACCAGCAACUGCGCGCCCACCUUGGCUCUCUCGGCCUCAGCGGCGAUAAGGCGCUGCAGCCUAUUUACACGCUCUCUGGCGGUCAAAAGUCACGCGUUGUGCUGGCCUGGAUCACCUUCACGCGUCCGCACCUGCUCCUGCUGGAUGAGCCCACCAAUCACCUUGACAUUGACACGCUGGAUGCACUCAUUGAGGCCUUGUUGGAGUACAAGGGCGGUCUCCUAGUGAUUUCCCACGACGAGCAUUUUAUUACUUCGCUCUGUGAUGAGAUGUACGUGUGCGCCGACAAUAGCAUCAAGCGCUUCGACGGGGACUUCGGCGAGUACCGUGAAGUUGUUCUCAAGCAGCUACGCUGA